AUGAUGAAAGAUGUAUUCAGACCAACCAAAUCCGCUCCGUGCUCUCCCGCAAAGCUACUAGGUAUCUCCCACACUCGGUCUGAAUCAUUCCAUGCCAUCCACAAAGUUCCCGUCGGAGACAGUCCUUACGUCAGAGCCAAAAACGUUCAGGUGAUUGAUUAAAAGAUGGACCCCAAGAGAGCAAUUCCUCUAUUCUGGUCCGCCAUUAAUGCCAGAGACAGAGUUGACAGUGCUCUGAAAGAUAUGGCUAUUGUGAUGAAGCAACAAGAUAGGGCAGAAGAAGCUAUUGAAGCUAUUAAAUCUCUUAGAGUCAGAUGUUCAGAUCAAGCACAAGAAUCUCUUGACAACAUCCUCCUAGAUCUCUACAAGAGAUGUGGGAGAUUAAAUGACCAGAUUGCACUAUUGAAAUAACACAAAAUCUUCUCGAUACAAAAAGGUCUCGCCUUUAACGGUAAACGAACCAAAACAGCUCGAUCUCAGGGGAAGAAGUUUCAAUUUUCUGUGGAACAAGAAGCCACACGGCUACUGGGGAACUUAGGAUGGGCUUUGAUGCAAAGAGACAACUUCGUGGAAGCCGAAGAUGCGUACAUGAGAGCUCUAUCGAUCGCACCUGACAACAACAAGAUGUGUAACCUCCGGAUCUGUCUUAUGAAGCAAGGCAGGAUCGAUGAAGCCAAAGAGACGUUACGACGCGUGAAGCCUGCGGUGGUUGAUGGUCCUAGAGGAGUGGAUUCGCAUCUAAAAGCUUACGAGAGAGCGCAUCAGAUGCUUAAUGAUUUUGGGUCUGAGACGAUGAGAAGAGGAGGGGAUGAUAGGGUUGAACAUAGGAGGUUUUUCGACGCGAUGUUUGGGUCUUCCUCUAUAUGGCAGCCUCAGCCUUGUAGAGAACAGAGCCUGAAGCCUAAGCCGAAGCCGGAUUUGAGGAAUGAUGAGUACGAUGAUGAGAACGUGAAGACUAAUGUGAAUGUGAAUGUAGUUGUAAACAACCCAUUAAGGGUUGAUGUUAAACCGUUCUUCUCUUCGAAGCUGAGGAGCAAUAACGAAAAGCUGAAGAGGACUAGAUCGUCUAGCCAAACCAUGGGGAUGUUGAGUUGUGGUGAGGAAUAGACAAAUACGAAUAAAAAAUUGUCAAUGGAGAAAAAAAACAAUGACUGUGGAUUACCAGACAACAAGGAGUUUGAAGAAGCGAUGAUCAUGACCGUCUUGGGGACUGAGACGAAAGUGGUGGACAAGAAGAGGCUCAAGGUUUUUUAGGACAUCACUUUGUCCUCCCUUAGCCCAAGAGCCUGAGUGUUAUAUCUCAAAUGAUAAUCUCUAACCAAUCUAUUUUCUAAUUUAUUAGUAAAGAAAAAAAGAGAUGAGCUCUUAUUUUCCUUGGGUAAUUUUUAUUAAUGUUUUUUUGGUAGGUUAAAGUUGCUACAUUGUUCACAAUUAUUGUAGUUGAUCAAUAAUAAAAAAGUUGAAAGUUA